UUAUAUUUAGACAACCGGAGAGACGGCGAUAAUAUUUCAUACUGUGGACAGAGCGGUCCUGAUUGUAUCCUGCAGUAUAAACACGCUCCUCCGUAGUAUACUUCAAACUGGACUAAAGAGCCAAAGGAGUAGCCCAUAAUUUAACUUCUGGAUGCAUUUUUGUCUCUCCCCCUCUCUCCACAUUUCCUCCUCUCUCUCCUUCGCGGAUCUAGUCGGAUCCAGUCUGGGUGAAGCGGACUUCUUGGUGCGAGAUAAUCGGCAGAUGAUGUGAGUUAAUAAGGCGAGAUGCGGGGUUGACAAACUCAGACGCGCUCCUCUCCAGCGACGGCAGGUGCGCAACAAGUGAGCGUGAGGAGAACGAGACUGGGGGAGACAGACAGAAUAAAGGAAGUAACGGGAGGGAGAGGCGGAAAGUAAACGGAGAAGGAAGGAGAUAAAGCAGAACCACUUCUGGUUCUCGCUAUGGAUACGGUGCAGAGCGCACAGGUCACCGACAUGGGAGGAGAGCACUCCGCCGGGGUGUGCUUGGUGGAGCGGGAGCGGGGCGAGGUGUCCAGCCCCUGUCCACCGGCCAAGCAACGCUCCCUGCGGGUGGUGUACGUCCUGAACGACGGGCUGAAGUCGGUGAUGGCCAGCAGCCCGGAGUCCGGAGCGCUGCAGUGCCUGCAGAGAGCCUGCGACUCAGAGAGCGCGCUGCUCACCACUGUCACCUUCGGACGGCUGGACUUUGGAGAAACAUCCGUUCUGGACAGUUUCUACGAUGCAGACAUUGCGGUUGUGGACAUGAGUGAUGUGUUUCGGCAGCCCUCCUUGUUUUACCAUCUGGGUGUGAGGGAGAGCUUCGACAUGGCCAACAACGUCAUCCUGUACCACGACACUGACCCGGACACUGCCCAGUCACUGAAGGACAUGGUGGUACAGAAAAACACAAAGGCCACUCGUCCUCCAGCAUUAGGUUUCCCCUGGGUUCAGUUGCCACCAGAGUACAGAGGCUCUGGAUUGCACAAUAAAGCAUCCAGUGGUAACUACUACUUCAUCCCCUACAUAGUGACUCCUAACCAUGAGUACAUGUGCUGUGAGAGUGACGCCCAGCGCAGGGCCAGUGAGUACAUGCAGCCCAGCUGGGACAACUUGCUGGGGCCGCUCUGCGUUCCGUUGACUGACCGCUUCACCAGCCUGCUGAAGGACAUCCACGUCACAUCCAGUGCUUCUUUUAAGGACACCCUGCUAAAUGACAUUAGGAAGGCCAGAGAGAAGUACCAGGGAGAGGAGCUGGCCAAGGAGCUUUCCCGCAUCAAACUCCGAAUCGACAACACGGAAGUCCUCACUCAGGACAUUGUCAUGAACCUGCUGUUUUCUUACAGAGACAUACAGGACUACGAUGCUAUGGUGAAGCUGGUAGAGACUCUGGAGAUGCUGCCGACUUGUGAUCUGGCCACGCAGCCCAUGAUCCAGUUCCACUACGCCUUUGCCCUCAACAGGAGGAACAGUCCUGGUGACAGGGAGCAGGCUCUCAGAGUGAUGCUGCAAGUAUUGCAGUCGUGCGAACAUCCAGCGCCGGACAUGUUCUGUCUCUGCGGACGGAUAUACAAGGACAUCUUCCUGGACUCAGACUGCAAAGAUACCAAAAAUAGGGUCAACGCUAUACAGUGGUACAGAAAGGGUUUUGAGCUGCAGCCAACUCUCUACUCUGGUAUCAACCUGGCUGUCCUGCUCAUAGUUUCUGGCCAACAGUUUGAGAGCUCCAUUGAACUGAGAAAAAUAGGUGUGAGGUUGAACAGUCUGCUGGGGCGCAAAGGUUCCCUGGAGAAAAUGAACAACUACUGGGACGUAGGCCAGUUCUUUACCGUUAGCAUGCUAGCUAACGACAUCCCUAAAGCUACUCAGGCUGCUGAGAAGCUCUUCAAACUCAAGCCGCCUCUUUGGUAUUUGCGGUCGGUGGUGCAAAAUCUGCAGCUGAUCCAGAGGUUUAAGAAGCAGACGGUGGAACAUUCUCCCCAGCGGGAGAGGCUCAACUUCUGGAUGGACAUCAUCGUCGAGGCCACGCAGGGAACCACCAAUCGACUGCGAUUUCCAGUGUUGAUUCUGGAGCCAACUAAGGUUUACCAGCCGUCCUAUGUGUCCAUUAACAAUGAGGCUGAAGAGAAGAAUGUCUCUAUUUGGCAUGUUUCUCCUCCUGAAAUGAAAGGGAUCCAUGAGUGGAACUUCACAGCAAUGUCCAUCAAAGGCAUUAGCAUCAGUAAGUUUGAUGAGCGGUGCUGCUUCCUCUACGUCCAUGAUAACUCAGACGACUUCCAGAUCUACUUCUCCACUGAGGAGCAGUGCGGUCGGUUCUGUUCCAUGGUGAAAGAGAUGAUAUCUGAUGGUACGGGGAACGCCGUGGAGCUGGAGGGGGAAGGAGACGGAGAUACACUGGAGUAUGAGUAUGACACCAAUGAGACAGGUGACAGGGUGGUGUUGGGGCGGGGCACCUAUGGAGUGGUGUACGCCGGGAGAGACGUCAGCAACCAGGUCCGAAUUGCCAUCAAAGAGAUCCCUGAGAGAGACAGCAGGUACUCCCAGCCCCUUCAUGAAGAGAUUGCCCUUCACAAGUACCUGAAGCACAGGAACAUUGUUCAGUACUUGGGCUCGGUUUCCGAGAACGGAUACAUCAAGAUCUUCAUGGAACAAGUGCCUGGAGGAAGCCUGUCUGUGCUGCUGAGGUCUAAAUGGGGUCCGCUGAAGGAGGCGACUAUAAUCUUCUACACCAGACAGAUCCUGGAGGGGCUCCGAUACCUGCACGAGAACCAGAUCGUCCACCGAGAUAUCAAGGGUGAUAAUGUGUUGGUGAACACCUACAGUGGUGUCUUGAAGAUCUCAGACUUUGGUACCUCGAAGAGGUUGGCAGGAGUCAACCCCUGCACCGAGACAUUCACCGGUACUCUGCAGUACAUGGCUCCAGAAAUCAUUGAUAAGGGCCCUCGAGGGUAUGGGGCCCCGGCUGACAUCUGGUCCCUGGGAUGCACCAUUAUAGAAAUGGCCACUGGAAAGCCUCCCUUUCAUGAACUGGGAGAACCACAGGCGGCCAUGUUUAAGGUGGGCAUGUUUAAGAUCCACCCAGAGAUCCCUGAGUCCUUGUCUUUGGAGGCCAAGUCGUUCAUCUUGCGCUGCUUUGAGCCGGACCCUCACAAGAGAGCCAUCACCUCGGACCUCCUCAAAGACACUUUUGUCAAACACAACGCCAAGGGCAAGAAGAGCAAGAUUGCCUUCAAACCAUCAGACUACAUACACAGCGUUUCGCUGCCGGUGCAGUUGCAGUUUGAGGCCACCGGGAGCAGCAGCAGUGAACACGGCUCCGUGAGCCCAGACUGCGACUCCAAACACGAUGUUUUCUUCCAGAAGAAGAAAAGCUCUGGCUCCGAGAACCUGCUCAAACCCACCAACUCCAACUAUUUGAGUGUUCCAGAUGAGGGUUCAGUGUCGGAGGACCGCAGUGUCCCCCCCUCCCCUGAGGACAGGGACGGCGGUCUGUUCCUGCUGAAGAAGGACAGCGAGAGACGGGCCAUUCUGUUCAAGGUCCUCAAUGACGACCAGGCAAAAGUCAUCUCCAACCUCAAGGAGAAUUACAUCCAGGGCAGUGAAGAGCUCCAGCUGUCCGUCGAACACAUCAAGCAGAUCAUCUGCAUCCUUCGAGACUUCAUCCAUUCCCCAGAGCGGCGUAUCAUGGCAGCCACCAUCUCCAAGCUCAAGCUGGACCUGGACUUUGACUCCACCUCCAUUAACCAGAUACAGCUGGUGCUCUUUGGAUUUCAGGACUCGGUGAACAAAGUCCUGAGGAACCAUCACAUUAAACCCCACUGGAUGUUUGCUAUGGAUAACAUCAUCCGCCGAGCUGUGCAGGCUGCAAUCACCAUCCUCAUACCAGAGCUGCAGACCCACUUCGGCCCAGCGUCAGAGUGUGAGGGAGCGGAGAAGGAAGACGAAGUGGAUGAAGAAGAAGUAGAGUUUGGUCCUGUUUUAGCUCCACAAGCUGACGACCCUGUGCCGACCGCUGACCCCACCCACUCUGCGGCCAGCACGCUAAACUCCACCCACUCCAAGGAGCAUCAGCGUUCGCAUCAUCCACUGGGUGCACAGCUGGGGCGGCUCAAACAGGAAACCAACAGGCUGCUGGAGGAGCUGCUGCAAAAGGAGAAAGAGUACCAGCAGGUCCUGAAGGCCACACUGCAGCAGAGAGCACACGACCUGGAGCUGGUCAGACUCAGGCACAGACAACCAGACAUUUCCCCUCCCUCCAUCUUUCACAUCCCAGCAGAUCACGAGCCGGACAAGAAGCUCACUGACUGGCUGAAAGAGCAGGGGGCAGACACUGACACCAUAGAUAAGUUCGUGCUGGAGGAAUACACACUGACCGACAUUCUCAAUGACAUCACCAAAGAUGACCUCCAGUGUCUACGUCUACGGGGCGGAGUCAUCUGCCGCAUCUGGCGGGCCAUCCAGCGGCACCGAGAGCGAGAGAGGCUGAGGGGUGACGAACGCUCGAAAGAGGAUGCAUGAUGGGAUACAUGGACUACAACUCUGGAGGACUCUGUUUGCCAGAAAACACGCACACAUCUGCACACUACCAGCCUUGCAUGGCGCUCCUUUCUAUUUCUCUCCACGGUGCCUUUUCUUGUUGUAGUCUGUGUGUCGUACAGUACUGAAUCUUUGUUGACUGUACAUCUUCACAGUGUCAGACUUGACCAGACCAAAUGUGUAAUUAAAUGUGUAUUUGUGCCACAAUGUGUUUGUGCUUGAAAAUCUUCCGAGAAAAAUGCCCAGCAUACCGGCGGCCAAUUUGUGUGGGCGGAAUGGGCUGCACUCUAGUCGCAAUUUGUUUUUUUUUGAUCGGCCCAUAAUGAGAAGAGAGAUCACAUCAUUGGCCCACUUGUGUGUCCUUCAUAUUAAAACUGGCCAUUCACAUCCUUGGUCUUUGACUGACUGGCCCACAGAGAGGAGAGAGAUCACAUGAUUGGCCCACUGGUUUGUCUCACAUCUGAAAACUGGCCAAUCAUAUCCCACUAUGGCCCACUUCCAUCCUAUCAUAGGCAGGGAGCACAUUUAAGUCCCGCCCCGACCGGCGGCGAAAAUAACUCCACCAAGUUCCGGUUCGGUUGACGGUAGCUAGCUAAAAACCAAGAUUUAAGGAUGUCAAACGAUUAUUUUAUUUUAGCACCCUUUGUCUAACUUUGACCCUGAGUGGUUAAGGUUAGGGUUAGGGGAUUGGUCAGGGGAUAGGACCUGUACAUGUAAGCAUGGAUGCCUGGCCAAUAGUAGUGUGUGAAUGCUAUUGAAGGGCGGGUCUUGACGUGGCCAUAAUGGGAAAAAGAAUAUCGCCUACCGGAGAGGACAAGUUAAGUUAGCUAUUAGUAAGCUUAUGUUAGAUAUGUGUUAGAAAGCCAAGGCACUUGCAAAUAUAAAACUAUAGAUUUCUGAUUUAUCCACAUUCCACAAUAACACAAGUUGCAAAUGUUAGCUACUGUGUACAAAAUGCAGCUUUAGCUUAACUUACAGACUUGUCACUUUUUUACUAUACAAUAUAUCUUGAUGACACCCAUGCUCUACCCUCAAACUUUAGCCAUAUUAGCAUCAGGAGCCAGGCAGCCUUUUUGACUCAGUGAGUACACUACCAUACUCUCUUACUUACCACUCAGCUAAGUAAGAGUAAUAGGGGCUGGUAUGCGGGGUUCAAAAUUAACUUUUUGUCCACCAGCCAAAUGGCUAUUGAAUGUUAUAAUUUUACUUUUUUUUUGGCUGAUGAGUCAAGCAAAUCUAGCAGCCACUUGGGGUUCAACAUUAGCACCAUUUACCAGCCAAAUAAAAUGAUGGUAAAUGGUGCUAAUGUUGAACCCUGCUUGUAUGUACAUGUGUACAAGGGGGAGUGCAGGGACUGUUGGUGUCCGGUCGAUUCUGGUGGGCUGGUCUGAGUCUCAAAAGUCCAGGGCUGUUUUUUUUUUUUUUUUUUUAACCCCAGUCCAGCCCUGGUAGGUGGUAUCAAAACUUCCAUAAAAACCUUGCAAACUGCUCCUGAAGCAUAAUCUGUUCAGUGGUGUUCAAUGAAAGUCUCAAUAUAUGAACAUCAUUUUGACAAAAUGUGGUUGCAUUGCUUCCAUCUUACCCGUCACACAUGAGCCUGUUUAACUUGUACAUGCAUUGCUUUCCUUGUCUUGUGUCUCCAUCAGUCUGAAAUGCUCUAUCCUUCCUCAUACUGAGCAUACAGAUGAACAGCAGACAGUUGAUUAUGCUGCAGGAGUGGAUUGACAAGUUUCUGUAAAUGUUUUGAUAUCAAAUCAUCCAAGCACAGACACUGCUCUCUGCAAAGAAGCAAAGUCUAUCUCCAACUAUCUAUCUGUAAUGUAACAUACUUAUUCAUAUAAAUUUUUUGCCAAUUCCAUUCAUCACCCCCCAAAAAAAGACAGUUAUUCUAAUCUAUCUGGCAGCCCCUUGUUUUUUAGCCAAAUUGCAAAUUCAUUGUAAAAUAAGAAAAAGGCCUUAAACCGGUGUAGUUUCAGGUUGAGUAUUUUCCUAAUUUACAAGAUAGUUAUUCCAAAAAUGUAAAAAAAAGAUGGAAUACAUAAGCUUAUGCACAUACUAUCUAUUUCCCACCGGAAUGACAGGAAUCUCUGUUAUAAGUAAAACAUAUGAAAAAAUAAUGUACACCUCAUAACUGCCACCACAUCACUGCCUUUACAUUUGCACACAAGUUAAGAUUUCCUUUAUAUUCUUAACAAAGUAACUAUUAUUUUCUCUUCUCUGUGUUCCUGUAUUUAAAUGUUUUUUUUUUUAAUUCCAACUGUUAUAAGUGCUUGUCUGUUUUAUUGAUUGCUUUAAAACUGCAAUAAACCUGGAAAUAAUGAAA